GCACAAGUUGAGAGGAAAUCGACCCGACCUCACAACUUGCUGCAAGUUGCAAUCUUGCACCUUCAUCUGCUGCUAUUUAUGCAGCCGGAGAGCGAUCGAUCGGACCGGACCGGAGUAGCAGCAGAAUCUGCCAUGGAUUAUUAUUACCCAAUGGAGGAGGAGGAGGUGGUGGUGCACGAGCAUCCAAGAUUCCGGCGGCCGGCCCAUCAUCCGUGGCAGCGGCAGUGGCAAUGGCAGCUCUUGGCCCUCCUGUCCUCGUCGUCUUCGUCUCCGGCGGCGGCGGCGGCGGCGGCGCAGAGGAGCAACCAUGUCAGCUGGGAGGAGACCGCCGCUGCGCACCUCUACUCCGUCAACCUCCCCGGCGUGAGGAAGGAGGAGAUCAGGGUGGAGGUGGAGGACGCGAGGUACCUCGCCAUCCGCACCGAGCUCGACGGCGGCGGCGACCGGAGGAGCUUCGCGAGGAAGUUCCGGCUGCCGGCGAUGGUGGACGCCGACGGCAUCUCGGCCGAGUACACCCACGGCGUGCUCAGGGUAACCGUCCCGAGGCUGCACACGCGGGCCCGCCCCGUCGUCAACCUCGCCGCCGGCGCCGGCCCGGCCUGCGACCCCGUCGCCCGAGCAGCCUGAUUAGUGGUCGAUAUUACCAACAAAUUUCAAGUAUUAUCGCUGCUAAUUACAUUAGCUUAAGCUUAGGAUUGGGCAGUGGCACUAGUACACUGGAUUGUACAAUUUCUCAGGCGUAUUUCAGACAUUACAAGUGACUGUUCGCUACCGUUGUCAGCUCUUGUUGCUAAUGUUUCUGUUGCAGUAAAACGUGACGAAUUUGGGAGGCUAAUUCUUACUCUCUUGUCAACGAAACGCGAUUUGUGGAUGUGAAAAUGAU